GCUAUGUCUAGGUAAUUGUUAGAUAAUAGUUUCUGGAUCACAUCAUGGACCAAAUUGUUUUUAGGGAACCUUAAGCCCCUUUUGGAAAGAAUGCUUUGUCAUAGGUUAUUCGCAAAACAUUGCUUCUGAUUGUCAUUCAGACAGAAACAUUCCAACUUGUAAGAGAUGAUUCUUAUACUAACAAUGAGAAUUGGAACCAUUAUGUAAGCAAAACAUAAGGUCAAACUGCCUUGCCAGCUUGAAAAGUUUGGUGUCGUCUCAACUGAAACCAAAAGCUGAGGUGGAAGAAUUCCAAGUGUCUGAAGUGUGAUUAAGAUUCUCCAUGAAGAAGGAAGCAUGAUCGCCUUCAUGAACAAUUCUGACAGUGAAGAGGAACCUUGCAAUGAAAGGACAUCAUUGAUGUCAUCUGAAAGCCCCCUUCUGCCUUCAUAUCAUGAUGGAGCACAAGCACCUGAAGCUAUAGAAACGCUUUCCCACAGGAAUAGACGUACUGGCAGCACUAGCAGCUCUAAUAAAGUGGAGGGACAUGGGCCUGAUCCAGAAAGAGCAGCAAAAGGACAUAUUGUGCUGGAUAAUGAAGAAGAAGAGUUGACCUUAAAAUAUGGAGCAAAGCAUGUGAUCAUGCUGUUUGUGCCUGUAACACUGUGCAUGGUGGUAGUUGUUGCAACCAUUAAGUCAGUCCGUUUCUACACUGAGAAGAAUGGGCAACUGAUUUAUACCCCCUUCAGUGAAGAUACCCCCUAUGUGGGCCAGCGUCUACUGAGCUCUGUGUUGAAUACCAUCAUCAUGAUCAGUGUUAUUCUAGUGAUGACCAUCUUUUUGGUUUUGCUGUACAAAUAUCGUUGCUAUAAGUUCAUUCAUGGGUGGCUGAUUCUCUCAUCGCUGAUGCUUUUGUUUCUCUUCACUUACAUCUAUCUUGGCGAAGUACUCAAGACCUACAACGUGGCUAUGGAUUACCCUACCCUGUUCUUUGUCAUCUGGAAUUUUGGAGCAGUUGGGAUGAUUUGCAUCCACUGGAAGGGGCCUUUGAAACUUCAGCAAGCCUAUCUCAUUAUGAUCAGUGCCUUGAUGGCUUUAGUUUUCAUUAAGUACUUGCCAGAGUGGUCAGCUUGGGUCAUCCUGGGAGGCAUCUCUGUUUAUGACUUGAUAGCAGUUUUGUGUCCAAAGGGACCUCUCCGAAUGUUGGUGGAAACAGCACAAGAGAGAAAUGAGCCAAUAUUUCCUGCACUUAUUUAUUCCUCUGCUAUGAUGUGGACAAUAGGAAUGGCAAAGCCAGACAAUGCACAAAGAAGGUCUUCUCAGGAGAUACGGGAUCCAGAAGCAGAGACCCAUGACAAUUCUUCAUAUGCUGAGCCUGAAGUUCCAGAAAUGAGAAACUCAACUAUUGAUCAAACUGGCCAACAACUUGGUCAAAUUGCCCGCAACUUUGAGGAAAGCCAGGAGGAGGAAGAAAGAGGAGUCAAGCUGGGUCUAGGAGACUUUAUAUUCUAUAGCGUGCUUGUCGGCAAAGCAGCUGCCACUGCUAGUGGAGACUGGAAUACAACAUUGGCUUGUUUUGUAGCCAUCCUCAUAGGUCUUUGCUUAACUCUUCUAUUGCUUGCAGUCUUUAAGAAGGCACUACCUGCUCUUCCCAUCUCCAUCACCUUUGGCCUGAUCUUCUACUUCUCAACAGAUUAUCUCAUGCAACCUUUCAUGGACACCCUUGCAGCUCAUCAGUUAUAUAUCUAAGAAUAAUGGUGAUCCUGUUUAAGAGCUUCCACGGGCAGCAGGCCAAUUUUCAGUGGAUAAAACCUUGUGAAUUUUACUCUUAAUUCCAUACCUAUUUCACAGGAAACACUAAAAAAAAAAAACAGUUUUGCUAGUUUCCCCUGGAACUUUGCAGCUGGUUCUUCAGACUAUUAAUGCUGCAGGUAUCAGAAUCUAUGCAGCCUGAACUGACUUGCACGUAUUCAGAGCUGUGUUCACCCAGAUCGUUUGGAGCAUAGAAUUAUUAUUGAUGACCUUCCUCUUCAUAUUUUUCAUAUAUUAAUUUUUUACUUUGUGUAGAAGGUAGAUUGAUUGCAUUACCUUAAGGUAAAAUGGAGAAUCUGUCUUGAGAGAGCAUUGGUAUUGAGAAGUUUAAAGUCCACUUUAUAUAAUUGCACAGUAAUAAUAAUACAGGGUAUUUUUUUAACAUUGAAAAAGCACUCUUUGAGAGAAAUACAAUUCAAGUACAUAUACUGACAAUAUACUGUCUGAAAGGAGAGCAGAGUAUAGGGAGUUGUGGUUUCUACAACUACACCACUAAAAGUGGGCUGUUCAAAUCUCUUAUACAAUAACAGCUAACCAUGGGCUAUCGUGGAACUUUUGACAUUCCUGGUUUCCACAGUAAAAUCAGCAAGAAGCAAAUUGCAAACAGCAGAACUGUUUUACUGAUCCUUUGCUUGUUCCACUGGGAGGCUUGAUGCUGACAUAGAUUAGUUUACCUUCCAGGUACUCUAAAUGAAGGUAUCUUAAUCUCUGGCUAUGUUCCCAUAUCAUUCAUAGCCAGAUUUCAUGUAACUAUGAUUUGCUGAAUAAUUGGCUGGAUUCAUGUUAUUAAUUAAGUCACAAAUCAUGAUUGAUAUUUAUGGGUUCAACAUGCUUAGCAACCUCAUAUUGCAUUUUAUAUCCUUUCAAUAUCCUUUCAAUUAAAAACAAAACGAGAAGUAAAAUGAUGCAAAGCACUACUCUGUAGGUUUUUAUAGUGAUGGGACACAAUCUUGCCAGUUAGCCUUCUGUUAAAUGACUGCUUGUAUCCCUCAUUGCAACCAUUUGUGGGAACGUCUGUAAACUGUUCUCAAAGUUCUAAAUGUUUCACAGCUCACAAAGAUUAAUGUGGCCUUAAACUGGGUUCACAUAAUAUACUAUGCCAAAAUUCAAAUAAAUCACAUUAUGUGUAUAAUGUGUGAAACCAUGUCACACGCUCAGUCCCAUCUGCCCAUUCUGUAAUCACAAUAGUUUAUUUGGCAUUGCUCAUGUAAACUUGGGGAAAAUGACCCAAGGAAAAGAGAACUCAUGGUAUAGUUAUAAUUCCAUUAUUGAAUAAUCCCAUAAUGACCCCAUAAUAACCCCAUAAAUAAUGGCAAACAAGUUCUCUUUUCUUCUCCUCCUAGAUUGGAUAGCAUUAGUGUGACCAAGAAGCCAUCCUAUAGAGAGUUGAGACUUGAUCAGUGGAGUAAAUCAGGACUGCUUUAAUUCCUUAAUCAUGAAUCCUCUGGAGGUUUAUCUUGUACUCCAUCAAAGGAUGACUUUUUAUGCCUGUUAAUAAAACUAGAUUGGGUUUUGCUAGCAGUAAGAAUUCUGGAAGUACGGACAGUUUGUCUUGCCCUGGUUCCUGAUCUUCAGAAAGUCUUACGCUUAGAGUAAGAGGCUUUUAUGCAUAAAGCAUGAUACGCAAAAGUCUAAUUCACUAUAUUUCUUUUAUUUAAAACAGAACAAGAGCACAUGUAAAGUUGGCUGAAGUAUAUAUAGUGGUACGUACAGUAGUACAUGUAGAUACUGUAUAUGCUAUGCAACAUCUUUUUAAUUAAAAAAGAUAAUUUCCCAUAAAAUCAAUACUUUAUUACUAUCAGAAAAAAAAAUAAAGGGGGAAAUGAAAUAUUAGCUUGUUAUAGUUCUCAAAAUUGAGUUCUUGCUGAAAAUAGUAUUGGCUGCAAAAGUAAUAUUUCCAUUUCAACUCCUUUCAUUUCUCCCACAAAAUCUCUUAAUAUUUUGUUGCAUCAGAACUAUUGUUCUGCCACAUUUUUUAUUAGACCAACUUGGCACAGGAAGUUUUAUUCCAUUCCAUUUUUCUAUGCAGCCCCACAUAAAAUAGAGCCAGAGGAGCUUCAAUGAUAUUGAAAGUUAUAAAAAGAGAUUUGAUACAUUAAAGUAGAUUGCAGUUCAUUUUCAGUGGUUUCUUAUGUAGAUAGAUACAUUACAUACUACAUAUUUUAUGUAGAUAGAUACGUUACAUACCUAUUAUGUGAACUGUAAGUGAGGAUCAGUAUAUUGUCUCUAUUAAUUUAUUGUGUGCUUAUUGUUUAUUCCUCACAAUGCAUGUUCCUGCAUUUCUACCCUAGAGAUUCCUUUCUGACAAGUCAGUGCAUUUAGAUAUCUCUUUGCAUAGACAAAGUACUUAUUUUAGGGGAAGACAAGCAUUUUGCCCACCUACAUCAGAUUAUUUCUUAUCUUAGUAGUAACACGUGGAGCUAAUGCUGGGAAACUGGAGCCUUAAAAGGAGAUUCUUACCAGCUAGAUUUAGGUUCCUUGCUUCAGUGAGAUGUAAAUAUUUUAUUGUUUUAGAUAAAAUAACUGCAUAAUUGUUUAAUCUGUUCAACCUGAAAAAAAUGCUAAAGCUGUAAAGCUUAGAAUUCCACUUUCCACUUUGGAACUUCUUAGUAAAAACAACUUAGCUUUGGCUUUCCAUUGAGUUAUGUUGGGAAGAGAAGGUCACUUUAGAAGUGUUUUUAGGAAUACUAUACUUUUUUAAUUUAAAAGUGAAUUAUUUUGGAACUAUUAUAGCUCAUAAUAAAAUUGAAAGGUCACAUUGGGCUUAUUAUAAAAAUUAGUCUAAAUAAGAAAUAGCUAAUUCAAGCUUCUUUCUAGGGACAUCUUUCAUUGUAGGAUUUGCUUAUUGGUGCUUUAUGCUUGUUUUACUGGAAACCUGAGGGUUUUUUUUUUUUAGAUGUUACCUUUUGUGAAAAACUUCCUUGAUUUAAGUGCAAAGGAAUAAAGAAUUGACCUUGAAUAUAUAUUUCCUGAAUAUUUUACAGGUAAUAAACUAGAUUUGAGGCCAGUCCAAGGUAGAAAAACCCAGUAGUGCACCCUAUUAUUUCAUAUCUUAAUUUAUUUCACAUGCUGAGAAGAAUUCCAUUACCAUUAGUGACACUGACGAGGGUUAACAGGAACUGUACCCAAGCACAUCUCUAGGGCACCAGUUGGUAAAUGUGAAAUGUGCUCCUUGAACCAUAUCUGAUUUGCUAUGCAUUUGGCCUACAGUGAUUAGCAUAUACCAUAUUUAAUGCUAUAAUCCUAUAUCAUCUUAAGCGGAAUUAUAUGGUAAGGAAGAAUUCAUAUCUAGCUAAAUACAGAUAGUCCUUGACUUACAAUUGAACCCAAAAUUUGUUGUUAAGUGAGACAUUUAUUAAGUUAGUUUUGCCCCAUUUUACAACCUUUCUUGACACAGUUCUUAAGUGAAUUAUUGCAGUUGUUAGGGGACACGAACUGUCAUAAAUGUGAGUCAGUUGCCAGCGGUCUGAAUUUUGAUCAUGGGGAUGCUGCAAUGGUCAUGUGAAAAAUGGUGAUAAGUCACUUUUUUCAAUGUUGUAACUUUGAACCGUCACUAAAUGAACUGUUGUAAGUUGAGGACUACCAGUACUUCCGUCCAGGGCCAGGGCGGAGAAUUUAGAUCUUUAAGAUGUUAAAAUAAUUCCAGCAGCUUAAAUCAGAAGGAUAUUCCUUGUGUAGCAAUAUUUAGUUGUACAAGGGAUGUUUCAAGUCUAGUUCCAACAGGUCACAUUCUCUUCGUUUAAGUGUCCUAUGCAGUCCCAAAUAGCAAAUCAAUAAAAUGAAUAUUGCACUUAAAAUCCCUGCAAGUUCUUAUUGCCAAUGCAAGCAGAAUUAAGAUGUGUCAUCUUUUUGCUGAGAAGCAAAACUUUACAGUUGGCCAGUACGUGCAAGUAUUUGAGGUCACAAGUAUAUCUAAGCAUGUGUGUUUUGUAUAUAUAAUGGACUUUUGGUCACAUUUUCUCUAGGGCAGAAAAGACUUGCAAAUUUUAAAAUGUUUUAAUAGGACUUUUCUUAACCAUUUUGAAAUCUUUAUUCCAAAAAUCCAUUAAAUACUGUACAUGUCUCAUUUGUUUCCUUUAGAAUGACUUUAGUAUAGGACAGAAUUUGAAUGCAUCCAGUGCAGCCUUUGGCUUAAAAAUAAGUGUGGGCUUAGUCCAGUGGGGAAAUCCAAUUUUUUUUACUACCGGUUCUGUGGGCGUGGCUUGGUGGGCAUGGCAGGGGAAGGAUACUACAAAAUCUACAUUCCCACCCCACUCUGGGGCCAGCCAGAGGUGGUAUUUGCCGGUUCUCCGAAUUACUCAAAAUUUCCACUACUGGUUCUCCAGAACCUGUCAGAACCUGCUGGAUUUCACCCCUGGCUUAGUCAAUGCCUAGGUGAGAAAUAAUUAGGAAAGUUUCUCUCUCUCCCUAUAUGUGCUUAAUAACAAUGUUUUAUAAUAUAUUAAUUUUGCAUAAAUUAAUUAGUAAAGUCUGGACAACAGAAACAACCAAAAAUCUGUUUGAAUACAUUCCUAAGUUGCUGGGUUCUCAUGAUGGACAUAGUAUGUGUGCAGGGACAGUGCAAAUAUACAGAAUAUGUACAGAAAAUUAUUCUUAAAAUAUGAUUAUUGAAAUAUGAAUACAAUAAAGUGAUGGUAUAACUACCAAGGACUGUU